AUGGUGUGUGUUUCUGCACAGGUUUCUGCAUCGCAGUUCUGCCUCCAGCUGCCCUUUCUUGCAGGAAUUGGUUUGAACUUUAUUGAUCUGAUGGUGCGACAGGGGAAUAUCGACAACCCUCCUAAGACGCCACUUGUUCCUGGGUUUGAAUGCUCUGGAAUUGUUGAAACUCUUGGAGACAGCGUGAAAGGAUUUGAGAUUGGAGACAGAGUCAUGGCUUUUGUAAACUACAACGCAUGGGCUGAAGUAGUAUGCACCCCAGUAGAAUUUGUCUACAAGAUCCCAGAUGACAUGAGUUUUUCUGAAGCUGCUGCGUUUCCCAUGAACUUUGUAACUGCCUACAUGAUGCUCUUUGAAGUUGCUAACCUAAGAGAAGGCAUGUCUGUGCUGGUUCACUCGGCAGGAGGUGGGGUGGGGCAAGCUGUUGCUCAGCUCUGUUCAACUAUUCCCAAUGUUACUGUUUUUGGAACAGCUUCAUCUUUCAAACAUGAAGCAAUCAAAGACUCAGUAACUCACCUGUUUGACAGAAAUGCAGACUAUGUUCAAGAAGUAAAAAGAAUCUCGACAGAUGGAGUAGAUAUUGUUUUGGACUGUCUUUGUGGAGAAAAUACUGGGAAAGGCCUCAGUCUUCUCAAACCACUUGGGACUUACAUUUUAUAUGGUUCAUCUAACAUGGUUACUGGGGAAACAAAAAGCUUCUUCAGCUUUGCAAAAUCAUGGUGGCAGGUUGAGAAAGUAAAUCCUAUCAAGCUGUAUGAGGAGAACAAAGUCAUUGCUGGAUUUUCCCUGUUGAAUCUACUUUUCAAACAGAAUCGAGGUGGCCUGAUCAAGAGUGUGAUGGACAAACUCCUAAAUCUAUAUAACAAUAAGAAGAUCAAACCUGUGGUUGAUUCAUUAUGGGCUUUGGAAGAGGUGAAGGAGGCCAUGCAGAGAAUCCAUGACCGAGGAAAUAUAGGAAAACUAAUUCUGGAUGUGGAGAAAGCACCCACUCCCCUGAUGGCCAACGACAGCACAGAGACAAGUGAGGCUGGAGAAGAGGAAGAAGACCAUGAAGGGGACAAUGAGAAUAAAGAGCGCAUGCCAUUCAUCCAGUAACAGCCAGAGGUGGUGGAAGCAGAAAGAUUGAUGAAGUAGAAGGGAACAAGACUGGGAAAUCUAUUCUGUGCAUCAGUGAACAAAUGCUGUAGUACAGUGUGUGUUGUAUUUGUCUGCAGUCAGCUGAGCUAUGAGCUGUUGAUCAUUGUUGUUUUGAACUCAAGUGCCAUUCUCAUCCAGUGCAGUAUUAUGACAUUCCUGUGUAAUACCCAGUUUCCCUGUAGGAGUCCCAUGGAUUUUUCUGUUCUGGUUUAAAAGCCUUAUUAACUUACUGUGUAAUUUUAGAUGGGCAUCUUUCUCAUGCGAAUUCCAACAUUUCACUUAAAAUUAUUUGGGGGGUUUGGGCUUUUUUUGCAAGUUGGAAACAGUAACAAAAAAAAUUCCCCACUUGCUGUUUGGAAGAUUCUAGUAACUGGAGGGAGGAUUUUAAGUUUGUGGCUUUUCAGUGUUAAAAUAGUUUUCCUUUUAUGAACCACAGAUAAAAGUUGUAA